AUGUUGAGUGGUCGUGUCGCCAACUCGACGGUCUUGCUCGUAAGCCAGAUCCCUGGCUUUGAUUUCGCAUACGGAUACCGGCCCAGUCUUGCUUUCGACAUCGUCUUUCGUGUACUUUUCGGCAUUGCCUUCUUCGGGCACGCCUUCCAGGCAGUCCGCAUGAGAAGAUGGUCGUCGGUUCUGCUCUCCCUCUGCGCCUUGAUCGAACUCGUAGGAUGGGCCGGUCGUACGUGGUCAGCCGAAUGUCCCACCCUCACAAUCAGUCCUGUCUUCUUUAUGGCUGUAUUAUACGUUAUUCUGGGUAGCUUUAUUAUUAUCUUAGGUCGGAAAUAUAGCCUGAUUUUGGCCGAAUUAUACAUAAAUGUCUUCCUGUUAUCUAUUGGCGGUGCGAUGGCUUCCACAACCGCUAGCGGUCACGAGUCGCCUCAGACGGGGACCAAUAUCAUGAUUAUAACCGAACUGGCUCAAGGGCGGACCGGAUACUUGAUUUUGCACGAGUGGUAUCUCGUCAGCUUAGACGGAGCCCCCGUGGCCGUGGCAGUGAGCGUAUUCUUGCCAUUUGGCCUAGCUCGGACUUUUCCCAAGUCCACUCGUGUUAUCGAAACAGUGUCUGGGGAUCUCAGUGAUACCAGCACUAAUGUAGUGUAA